AUGGAGUUCGGAGCUUGCUUUAGUGUUUCGAAUGUCAACCAGGCGACGUCGUACUUGAAUCCAAUAAACAUCAGACAUGUACAACGAUCGAGAGACCCUCCCAAUGAUUCGUUUUCUACUUCCACAGCACUUCUUCGCAGAGAUUGCGGUUGCAAAGCCACUGUGAAAGCGACCAACAGCGGUAUCGAAGCCGUCGAAAAGGUAAAGCAAAUGUCUGCUGCAUAUCAUCAUAAUUUGGAGCUCUCAAGUUUAACAGCUCUGUGUCCUUUGGAUGGUCGUUAUUGGGGUAAAGUCAAGGAACUGGCUCCUUUUAUGAGCGAAUACGGCCUUAUUCACUUUCGAGUUAUAGUUGAGAUCAAGUGGUUGCUAAAGCUUUCGCAAAUUCCUGAAGUGACUGAGGUUCCAAGCUUCAGUAAAGAAGCUCAGUCUUAUUUGCAAGGCUUAAUUGAUGGAUUUAGCAUGAGUGAUGCUUUGGAAGUUAAGAAAAUUGAAGCAGUGACCAACCAUGAUGUGAAAGCAGUGGAAUACUUCUUGAAACAGAGAUGUCAAUUACAUCCAGAUAUAACUAAGGUGCUUGAGUUUUUCCAUUUUGCCUGCACAUCGGAAGACAUCAACAAUCUUGCCCAUGGUUUAAUGCUGAAAGAAGCACUGAGCACAGUCAUACUUCCAGUCAUGGAUGAAUUGAUCACAGCAAUAUGUAAAAUAGCUACAGCAAACGCCCACAUGCCAAUGCUUUCUCGCACUCAUGGACAGCCAGCUUCUCCAACAACUUUGGGGAAGGAAAUGGCAAUUUUUGCUUACAGGUUAAGCAGAGAAAGAAGAGAAAUCUUACAAACUGAAAUAUUGGGGAAGUUUGCUGGUGCUGUUGGAAAUUACAAUGCACAUGUUGUUGCAUAUCCUGAUGUUAACUGGCCAAAAGUUGCGGAGGAGUUUGUGACAUCUCUUGGAAUAAGUUUCAAUCCCUAUGUUCCCCAGAUCGAGCCUCAUGACUAUAUGGCCAAACUUUUCCACUCCAUCAUCCAAUUCAACAACAUAUUAAUUGAUUUUGACAGAGACGUAUGGGGAUAUAUUUCUUUGGGUUACUUCAAGCAGAUAACUAAAGAUGGUGAGAUUGGGUCUUCGACAAUGCCUCACAAAGUGAAUCCUAUUGAUUUCGAGAAUAGUGAAGGCAAUCUUGGUAUGGCUAAUGGAGGUCUAUCCCAUUUAAGCCUGAAAUUACCUAUUUCACGUUGGCAGCGCGACCUGACUGAUUCAACAGUAUUGAGAAACAUGGGUGUAGGAUUAGGGCAUUCACUUCUUGCUUACAAAAGUUCAUUACAAGGAAUUGUAAAGCUUCAGGUCAAUGAAUCUUCCUUGACAGAAGACUUGAACCACUCGUGGGAGGUGCUUGCUGAACCGAUACAAACUGUGAUGCGAAGAUAUGGUGUUCCAGAGCCUUAUGAGAAACUAAAGGAGCUAACCAGAGGCAGAGCAGUUACCAAAGAAAGCAUAAGAGAGUUCAUCAAAGGUUUGGAACUACCUACAGAAGCCAAGACAAAUCUCUUGAAGUUAACACCCCAUACUUACGUUGGGGCAGCGAUUGAGUUGGCUAAAAAUGUGGAUAUGGCCAUAAAUUUGGUUAAUGGAGCUAAGGCCUUUUGCUAAGGGAGAUAAAAUGUUGAUAAAAAAGCAUAGCUUUGAUCUGCUACAGCUGCAUUCAAAGAUUUAACUGGCGUGCUGCAUUGUGAAAUUGACAAGCGAUGUUGCUUUUAUUUUGGAAGGAGAAGGAAGCAAACCCUUUUGCUUGGUAAUAGAUCGUUGAGUGUAAUUUAAGCUGACUAUGCCUAUUGUUGAAGAACUGAGGUUGAAGUUUUGUAAGCAAUUCUUCUCUUCUCAAUACCCAACUAUAAGUUUAUCUCGUGGUUUUAUAAUUAUCAGUUGUCC